AUUCGGUUAAACUUUGAUACUUCAUUGCUUACAAUUUUUAAAAAAGAAAUAUGUUACUUGGUUGUAAAGAGAAACUAUGUAAGACUGAUAACAUCUAAUCUAUCCGAGGUCAUCAAGAACUCCACCGCCGCAAAAUCAGCAUAGUUAUUUAGGAGAAUAUGUCCCGUACCAACAGUGUGGAUUCGCUAGUUUAUGCGAUUUUGUAAUUAAUAUUCAUGGUGUAGAAAUGUACAUCGAAAACGGUAAAGUAUUCAUUAAAAUAAAUUAGCACGAAGAGAUGCACUGUGAUGUUAAAGAUUAUUUAGAAUUUAAGGUAUGUAAUAUGUAUUCUUGUAAUGUGUAUUUUACAACGAACUCCAUAUGAUAAUUAGAUUAAACAAAUCAAGUAAUAAUUAGGACUGUUUGACAUUCAAAAUAAAUUGCCAGCUUUAAUAAUUAUUUUGUUAUUAUUAUUUCAGAAUAACUUUACGUACGAAGAAGAUAAUAUGUGGAACACAAAUAAACAUACGGUUAAACUGUAUGGACCAGUUUUACAAGGUCAUCAAUUGUUAGGAGACGACAUUUUGCUUCAAAUAAUUUUGGAAAACUCGCCACUCCCAACAAGGAAAAGUAAAGAUGUUAUAACAUUACGUUGCGGAUUAUGCGUGUCUGGUUUGAUUAUCGAAAAUUGUCUUUCGUUUGUCAAAGAUAAAAAUAGACAAAUUUUGGAACAAGUAAUAAUCCUGCUAGGAAUGGCGGAUAUUUAUAACGAUGCCACUUUUGAGAAAAUGACUGAGGACAUGUUAACGUUACUAGAUGUUCUACCAAUUUUUUUGUUCCUAAACAAUGCAUAAUCUUGUGCCAUACCGCUGUUUGGAAUAAUAACAACAAUUUAAAAAAAAAAUUAUUAAUGCAAUUUAAUAAGUGGAUAAUAACGUCAGGAUACAACGUAAUAGAUUUUGAUACGUUUUGCCACCGAGUCCAAGGUACACCAAACAGCAUCUGGUAUCAUGAAGAUUACCUUCCAGUAAGCGGAACGCACCAUCUUUAUACACGUUUAAACAAAAAGGGAAAAAUGGAAAUGCUGAAUCUUUUAAUCAGAAAAACAAAUACUUAUAUUUCAAUUUAAAAAUGAAUUUUCAAUU